CACACACAAAAAACCAAGAGGCAGCCGUUGUUUAUCACGACCUCUCCUCAGUGAGGCCUGAGAUUCUUUACAACAGGAGCUUCACUUCCCAUGACGCAGAGCGAAGUGUCAACUGGGACAUUUCUGGUAACACUGAAAGCAAGGGAAGCAGGGUGCAUGCUUCACAAGGUGCCAGCCCCCAGGGGCCUGUGGGUGGGGUUCGGGUGCCAUCCCCAAGUCACCGAUGCAUGGACCUUUCAUCUGAAAGAAAGGAGGACACGGGCUGGAAAAUCAACCUCAAGCUGAAGAUUGCCGGUGAAGCAAUCAGAACGGGGAAAACAAACACACACACCAGCUAGAGGGAGAGAUCGAAAAGGCAAGAAGGGCACGAACUGUGACUGACUCACCGCUUGAGCAGCUGCUCACCCGAACCAGAAGCAAAAUGUCCCUCAAGUUGCCAAGAAACUGGGAUUUCAACCUGAAAGGAGAGGCUGGGAAAAUAGCUCGGUCAAGGAGCGUUAUGACUGGUGAGCAGAUGGCGGCCUUUCACCAAUCGUCCACCCCCAACCCGCUGGAAAGGCCUAUCAAGAUGGGCUGGCUGAAGAAGCAGAGGUCCAUCGUGAAAAACUGGCAGCAGAGAUACUUUGUGUUGAGGGCACAGCAGCUCUACUACUACAAGGACGAAGAGGACACGAAGCCACAGGGUUGUAUGUAUCUACCAGGAAGUACAAUCAAAGAGAUCGCCACAAACCCAGAAGAAGCUGGAAAGUUUGUCUUUGAAGUCAUUCCAGCUUCAUGGGACCAGAGUCGCACGGGACAGGACUCCUAUGUCCUCAUGGCCAGCUCUCAGUCGGAGAUGGAGGAGUGGGUUAAAUUCCUUAGGAGAGUCGCUGGCACGCCCUCUGGAGCGGUGUUUGGCCAGCGCUUGGAUGAGACCGUGGCCUAUGAGCAGAAAUUUGGCCUCCACCUGGUGCCCAUCCUGGUGGAGAAGUGUACGGAGUUCAUCCUUGAACAUGGCCUGAAUGAAGAGGGCAUCUUCCGACUGCCCGGGCAGGACAACCUGGUAAAGCAGCUCAGAGAUGCUUUUGAUGCAGGGGAGCGGCCCUCGUUUGACAGAGACACAGAUGUGCACACAGUGGCCUCCCUGUUAAAGCUCUACCUCCGAGACCUCCCAGAGCCUGCCGUUCCCUGGAGCCAAUAUGAGGGGUUCCUGCUCUGCGGACAGCUCAUGAAUGCAGAUGAGGCAAAGGUUGGUCUGUCACUAGGGUUAGUUGCCUGCUUCAGAAGAAGGUGAUGGUUACUGAAUACGAUUCAGGUAGGCAAGCAGCAGUGGGUCAGGGGGCCCAUACCUUUAGGUGAGAUACUUUGUCAAACUGGAACUUCCUCAGUAACAAAAGGCAAAUGAAGCCAAUCAUGGUGACAACCUUCACGGGAUGUAACAA